AUGUCCUCCUCCGACGAGGAGGCUGUCCGCCGCCCCGGACGCACCGCCGCAAACCAAAGUCCUGACCCGAGUGAUGCUGGCAAUGACUCUGGUGCUGAGAACCAUGGUGCUGGUGGUGAUGAUCUGAUGGACGACGACGCUGAUCUCUUCGGGUCUGACGGCUCAGACGGUGGAUUUGACAAUAUUGAUCGACCUCACCGUAGCUUGGAUGACGAGCAACUUGACUCGGGAGACGAUGAGGGCCGCUAUGACCGACGUGAAGACCGCAUGGACGAGGCGCCAGAUGGCGAGACCGAGAGUCUCACCAUUGCCGAAAUGACAAUUGCGCGCGCCCCGGUGCCAGCCACGAAUGACCCCGAGGUCUACACAAUGCGCGUCCCCGACUUCCUCUCCAUCGAAUCGGAAGAGUUCAACCCCGAGACAUACAUUGCGCCGGCCUAUUCCACGGCCGCGACAUCUCUCUGCUGGCGCCGAGAUCCCGCUGACGAGGAAAAACUACAGUCAAACGCGCGAAUCAUUCAAUGGGAAGACGGCUCCAUCACACUCCAGCUCGCCUCCGCACCCCUCGAACAAUACCGCAUUUCAUCCAAACCUCUAGCUCCUCUUUCCAAGUCUGGCGAGUACACCACAAAGCUCGACUCCCACGUCUACCUCGGCGCUGGCCUGGAGCAAGCCGAGCUUUUCCGCCUGACUUCGCACGUCACACACGGUCUCACCGUUCUUCCCACAGCCCUAGAAUCUGACGAUGCCGUCCAACGGCUCCAAGAGUCUCUGGCCGCUGCCGCGCGCGGCAACAAGCAGACCGCAGACGGCGGUGUCCCAAUGAUCAAUGUGAAGGAAGACCCCGAGCUGGCCGCCCGCAAGGCAGAGCUCAUGGAGAAGGAGGCUAUGCGCGCUGAGCGUCGCCGCCAACAGCUGGCAGAUCGCGAGGCAGACCGCACUCGCCGCGUUGCCGCGCCUCGUACAAUGGCCAAUGGUCUCAGCGUUGGCGGUUUGGAAGAUGACGGUCUACGCACUACCCGCCCUCGCGCUAAGCCACGCCGACCCAACCGCCGUGGUGAAAUUAUGACGGACGAGGACGAGGAUUAUGGUCGUGGUGGCCGCACCCGUGAGGACGAGUAUGACGAGGAUGAUGGCUUCCUGGUCAGAAGUGACGAGGAGAUCGAGGAGGAAGGCGAUGACGACGAUGACGAGGAAGAGCUUGAAGACGAGGACAUGGAUGCUGAAGGCGAGGUCGACGAUGAGGUCGCUCCCUCCAAGCCAGCCCGGAAAGAGGAGGCUCCCCGGGGGGAUGGAACACCACCAGCCCGGAAGAAGAACCGCUACGUGGUUGAUGAUGAUGACGAGGAUGAGUGA